AUGCAAGAACACGAAAUUUAUGAAUUAUUCAAAAAAUUUUUAGCUUUUAGUGAAAUGCAAAAUUCUCAAAUUCAAUUAAAAAAUAAUGAUGAUGAUUAUAUUUCUGUAAACACAUAUAUAUUUGAUAAUCAAAAUAAACAUACAUUUUUUUCUUAUUUUAAUAAAAUUAAAUCAGUUGAUACAAUUCAUUCAUAUCUUUAUCCUAAAAAUCAUGGUGAAUGUUGGAAUUGUAGUAGAAAUUAUGAUCAUACAUGUUGUGAUGCAUGUAAACGAGAAAUAAAAGAUUGUACAUGUACUUUUAUUUGUGGAUUAACUUUUCCAAUUGGUCGAAAAAAUUCUAAUGAUGAAUAUGUUCAAUUUGAUUUAUGUAAAUGGUUUACAUCAGGAAAUGAUUUUAAUCAUCGAUGUAGAGGAAUGGUAAAUACACAAGAAGAAUUAAUUUUAUAUUCAAAAAAACAAGAUUUAAAAAAAAAUAAUGAAAUAAGAAAUAAGAAAGUUUGCUUUAGAUGUGGUGCUGAUGAUCAUAUUGUCUAUAAUUGUAAACAAAAAAAAAAAUGUUAUAGGUGUAAACGUAGUGAUCAUUUAGCUCAUAAAGAUACAUUAUUUAAAAAUUAUAAUAUAAUGAAAAUUGAUUCAGAAAAAUCAUUGUUAUUAUUAUUAAAAUGUGCAAAAUAUGUAUUUGAAAAUACUUAUCUUUCAACUAUUAAAGAGGAAGAAGAAUAA